CGACCCAAAAACCCUCCCCAACUAUAUUAUAUUAUUAUUAUUGAGUGCCUCUGCCUCCACACCACCACCAAUCUCUCUCUUCCUUUCCAUAUCUUCCCUUCCCACAACAUAAAUACAAACCCACAACCCUUCCCACAGAACCUGCACAAUACCACCCAAAAAAAAAAAAAAAAAUGGAAAAAUGACGAGCUGUGACUUGAACCUGAGAGCAACCGAGCUCUGCCUCGGCCUCCCCGGCGCCGGCACGAAGCUGCCGUCCCCCGAAGCAGCAGAGACGCCGACCAAGGCGAGCGGGAAGAGAGGCUUCUCCGAGACCGUGGAUCUCAAGCUCAACCUCCAUGAUGACAACCACGCCCCAAAUGACUCCGCAAAAUCCGCUGCUGGAUCAGUCAUCAAGCCCCCAGCCAAAAUUCGAACCGACGGGGUGCAUGCUGCAGGGCGCAAGUGGUGGGUUGGCCGCCUGUGAGGUCGUACAGGAGGAACGUGAUGGCUACUACCACGCAGAAGAGCAGCAGCGGCGAGGAAGAUGGGAAGAAGACGACUGCAACUCCGGCUCCGGCGGCGUUCGUUAAGGUGUGCAUGGACGGAGCGCCGUACCUUCGAAAGGUGGACCUGAAGAUGUACAGCAGCUACCAGCAGCUCUCCGACGCUCUCGCCAAGAUGUUCUCCUCCUUCACCAUGGGUAAUUACGGAGGUGAAGGGAUGAUCGACUUCAUGAACGAGAGGAAGGUGAUGGAUGUGGUGAACAGCUCAGAGUAUGUGCCCAGCUACGAGGACAAGGACGGCGACUGGAUGCUUGUGGGCGAUGUUCCCUGGGAGAUGUUUGUUGAUUCGUGCAAGCGUCUUCGUAUCAUGAAGGGAUCAGAAGCUAUUGGACUCGCACCGAGGGCAAUGGAGAAGUGCAAGAGCAGAGCUUGAUGAUUGGAUGUGUGUCUUGUUGAAGUAAUUGGGUGUAUCGAUCUCUUCUAUAUUUUUACCGCCACCUCACGUUCAAGUAAUUUUUCCACCUUUGGGAGUAUUUGUGUCGCUCUCUUUUUAUUUUUACCGUUUUGUAACUUUGGUUUUGCUGGAGUAAAAUGGUAUAUAGAUAAAAAUGUGAAGGAAUUGGAGAUGUAGACAAUUUGUGAUACACAAGAAGAAGCAAACACAAUAAGCUUAAACCAACCCCCCACCACUACUGCACUACUGUCUGCCUGCCUGCACUCUUGUUUAUUGCUAAUGGCUUUGCCUCCCCCAUUUUUCUGUGUUCAUUGCAAUGUGUUCUUCUUUUGAAAGAAAAAAGUUAUGUUUGUUGUUGGUGAGUGAGUGAGUGAGUGUUCUACAUUAUGAAAUUUUAAUCUUUUUUUUUUCUUUGUGUACUUUUUCAUUACAUUUAUUCAAUUUAGUGCACCAUUGUUAUGAUGUAGGUGUGAGUUUUUUUUAUACAAGUGCCAUUGUUAUCAUGUUGUUGUAUGCAAUAUUUUAUUUUUGUGAGGUAGGAAUUUAUGAGGCAAGUGAGGUGAGGGAACAAACCCAUGUGCAUGUUGAUGGGUAGUCUCUCACCAUAUGGAAGGAACAUUAUUGUACAUGGAAUACAUGGAAAAACAAUAUAGAAAGUGGGCAAGUAUUGAUUAAUUCAUUUCAAUAUAUUAUGUAGCAGAUCGGUUGACUACUGUCAUAUAAUAACAUUAUCGUAAUUUUUUAGAAAAAUUAUCGAUACAGUUGUUAACCAAUAGUUUAAAUGUCUGACUCGUUUAAACGAU